ACUCUCUCUAUCUCUCUCUCUCUCUCUCUGAAUAUUUGGAAGCUUAAGGAACACCAUUUGUGUCAACAAAUGUUAACAAAUUCUGAGACACAUCAAAAUUCCUGCUUCAUUUCAAUCACCUUUGGCAUUUUUUAAUAUUUGAAAUCAUUUAUGACAACUUCUGUUUUAUCCUGUAAAUUUGAGCUAUGCUAUGUAUUUGAUUUAUGAAAGUUUUCAUGAAACCAAUAUCAUGUUAAAUAUGGAUAAUAAAUUGAGCAAAUAAAAGAGAGAAAAAACAAAAACAAAUUAGUGAUAAUUCAUACAUUAAAUAAUUAAUAAUGUUGAUUUAUUGAUCUAUUCCAUUGAAUCUAUUACUUGAAUAACCCAGACUUCAUUAUAGGCCAUGCAUCAUAGCAAGAUUUGAGACAACAACAAACUUCUGUAGUGUAAUCAGUAAUCAUAGUUAUGAUAAUUAAUAUAUUAUUAACAAUAAAUAAGUAAUAAUGAAUCAAUAUAUUCACUGCAACUCAUUAACCUGUACACCAUUUUAUAAUGAUAGGCUACUGUACAGGAAAGUAGGAUGUCACGUAAUUUUAUUUCCGCGUCUCGGCCACGCUCCCACCUAUACUGUAACACCUGGUAUCCAAUUACCACAACCUGUAUAGUUCACAAACAAAUGUUUAAAACUGCUACUACUAAAGAUAGGCUACGGGUUAUAUGGUUAUGGGAUAUAGUGUGCCCUAUCACUCUAUUCAUGCACAAUAACGCGCUCACAAAUGACGCGUUCUCGGAUUCAAAACCAGAUAGACUUAGCGCAACAAACUGUUGCUGACACGCCGGGUUAAAUACACGAUACUCAAAGAAAAACGCCAGAACGCGUUCUGUCUGCACGCAACCUAAGCAACCGGGAGACUGUGUCACUUAUUUAUUCUUUUGUUUUGUGUACUACCUGGGGGAGCCCUAGCUGAGACUGUUUCACCUGGAAUCCUAAUGAACGCGAGUCAGGAAAGUUAGGACUCGAACAAAACGCUGGAUGUGAUGUGUCCUGUCACCUGCAGAUGGACGCUGAUGUGGACGCGAGCCAGUGAACUGGAUGAAAUCCUCCAGCAGAUCGCGGAAUUGGACAAAUGGAGAGAAAUAUUUAACUCCCGCGGGUUGGAAUUACAACACGGCUAUGUUAAAUACAGAGCAUGUAAAGCCCGUCAUGACGGAUUAUCAGGACCUUCUGCAAACCAUCAAGAGUUUGCAGCACUCCAGACUGAGCUACAUAGAGCUUCUUCAAGAGGAAGUGAAGAGAAGCCAAGACAGACCUAGUGAGAAGAUCAAAGCUGAUGAGGACAGUGACGACUCUAGACCUGCCACCUCGGCCCACCACGUCAGUGCCUCAAACAAACAGUUCACAGUGCCAUACUCCAUACCUCAAACCCUUGCAGUAUCUCCAAGUCUGGGUGGGCAACCAGUGUCACCAGAGCUGGCGGUGAGUUUAAGAAAAAUUUUAUUUGGGAACACCUUCCAUAUAUUCAACUACGAGUGGAAGAAAUCAUUCUUCAAAUUUCGUGAGCCUUUCUCUGAUUUGGCAUAUGCUCUGGAGACUGAGAGGGGAGGAGCCAAGUGCAUUCAGAUGGUGGUUCAGGCUCAUAUUAUUAAGUACUUGCUCUUCAACCGGCCAGUGAACUCAGCGUGCACAAUGCAAAGUAUGGUGGAGGUUGGGGAGAAGGAGCAGAGGAGGGCGCUGGCAGCCGCUCUAGCUGACAUCUUGUGGACAGCUGGUGAGGAGCAGACAGCUACUAUCUCCUUGGUCACAUCAGAGCGCUGUUUCACCCCCCACCUUGACUACAAACUGGACAGCUUCACAGAAAGGUUGCAGCUUUUCACCUUUAAAAAGAAAGAUGAUGUUAGAUCUUUUAUAUGUGAGCACAUCCAAUGUUUUAAGGAAGAAGGAAGCCAUGGAAUCAUACUUUUUCUGUACAGCCUUAUCUUCUCCAGGACUAUUGACAGGAUACGAGCAGACUUCGAUUGUACCACCACUCAUCUUUUGCAUUUGAGCUUGGGGAACUUUGUUUGUCGACAGGCUUUAUUAAACCUGCUGUUGACCGGCCGUGCUACCCCUCAUGUCUUCAACGGUACAUCAUUUAACGAUGAGAAAGACAAACCGCUCGCCCACCCGCUCCAUGGUGUUCUGACUCGCAGUCAUGUCGGGUAUCUGCUCUGGAACAGAGAACAAGUCAAGCGUGCACAGCUCCCCCUGGUGGGCAGCAUGCUGAAAACCCCCAAACUGCCUAUCUGGGUGUGCAACAUCAAUGGCACUUACAGUGUUUUGUUCAGCCCAAACCGUUCGCUGCUCUCUGACUGGAAAAUGGAGCAUCUUUUCCAGCUUUACUUCUACAAUGGUCAACCGACUCAGCUCAACACAACAGUGCUCACCAUAGAUACACACUCCCAUCACUGGGAGGCUGAAAAUAAUGACAUUCAGGGAGACCUAGAGAAAAAGUUUCCAUCUGUAGAGAUGACCAUUAGGACCAAGUGGGAGGGUGCUGUUAUUGACUGGAAUGGGACAGUGCCUUUUUUCUGAAGAGGUUUGAACCAGGGGUGCCUGAUAUCUAGCACACCUCUCCUGGCCUGCAAUAAAAGCAUAUUAUAUAGGCUGAUAUAGGUUUUAAUUCUGACUUGAUUUUAACUUUUAAUUUUGGCUUGUGAAUAUUAAUAACAUGAUAUACAUUCUGCCCAUUUGACCAUCUCAACAUAUGAACAUUUAACAAAAGUGAAAACCAAAAAUAUGUAACAUCUUUUGAUUGUCAGAAAUAUAUUUAAAUCUGGUUUACAGACAUAGAUGUCUUCCUCUUUUCUGGUGUUUAUAGUUUAUAUGAUCUAGCUUCCAUACUGUUUAUGUACUUCCAUUUGGAUCUGAUAUGGGUUGCUAGUAUCAAGUCUCAAGACUUAAUCGCUGGCCUCAAGUCAAGUGUCAAGUAAUGAUGGAAACGGCUGAUGUCUCAAGUUACAGGGUUUAAUCAGUUUAAGUCAAGAUCUUAAUUCAAAGCCUUGCAGUCUUUGAUUUCUAUCUGGUUUAUUUUAUUUUUAUUUAUUUAAAUACUGCUGUAGGCCAGUAUUGAUUAAAUUAAAGCGACAUUUUACAAUAUGGUUCAGUUAUUUAACAUUGACCUAGGUUAUUUGAUGCAUCAUUUUUUUUUUUUUUUUUUUUACAGAAUUUAUCAGUGUUAAUUUACAAAUAUAUUAUUAUUCAUUCUUAAAGGAUUAGUUCACUUUAAAAUGAAAAUUAUCCCAAAAUUG